GUUAGAAGCACUGCAAGGUAUAUAAAAGCGGGCAUUUAAAUCCGAUCGUUUCAUUGGUCGAUUGCAGUUCAACUGGAGGUGUGAUAAUUUUAUUGACUGUGUUUCUUUAAAUCAUCUAUUGAAAAGGAUUCCAAAGUAGAAAUCAACCAUGACGUCUUUACGAUUCGUUUGGAUAGUUUGUCUGGUGAGCAUUUGUGCUAUCAACUCAACGACAGGCGCAAGGAAACAAUCCGAGGUUAUUUCCGACAUCUGUUCGAGCUCCUUCACCGAGGGACAAUAUGACACGCGGGAGGAAUACUAUCGUCGUGUGCGCGAUCCUGACAAACACAUCUCAGCCCGGCUGGUACGGUAUUUCCGUUUCGGUGGCAUACUGCAAGCAAUUUCGGAGGAAACGGAAAUACCCCGCGAUAAGCUAGUUGAAGGAGGGGCGAGUCAAUUCCAAGAUCAGUCCAGCGGUCUCGGUCAAACCAUUCACGCGGCACACAUCAUCCGCGUAGGUGCUAUUAACAACAAACUGCAGAAAAAGAGUGCAUCGUUAAACAGAGCAUUGCAAAACUAUAUCGGACACACGCAAAAUGUGCUUCGUGCCGCUAAUGCUUGGCAUGGCGUUGGAGGCGACAUAGAUAAGUACCAAUCGAGCAAACUGGGCGUUUUAGCAACGGUUGAUUUUACUGGAACGCUGGACACAGACGACCAGCGUACCGUGGAAACUUUGGUAACGGAUUUCCGUGCCAUCAUUGAUAAGUAUGUGCAUGAUGGCACUCACACGAGCGAUGAUAAAAAAAUUCUAAACGCCGACAACGUGAUCGUUUACUGUGUACUACCGUUGAUGUUACACCAGGAAGGAAAAGCUGGUUAUGACAUGGUAAAAAAUGGAGAAUUUGUCACAAAGUAUGAUAAGUAAUAAAUUGAUUUAUUUUAUCGCGAA